AUGUCAAGUCUAGUGCUAUACUUAGGAAAACUGCUUAUCAAGCGAGCUGUUUCUGGUGAUUUGGAAGAAGAUACACCCGAUUUAACCACCCCAGACGAUGAUAAUCUAGAAGAUUCAAAUCCCGUUGAAAAUGAAAUUUUCUCCAGUUGGGCAUUGUUUAUCUUGUUGCUUUUAUUGAUGAGUGCAUUAUGGUCAUCUUAUUUCUUGCAACAACGAAGAAUUAAAGCUAUUCAUGAAACCGUUUUAUCAAUUUUUUGUGGUAUGAUUGUGGGAUUGAUUAUUAGAAUGUCUCCUGGGCACUAUAUUCAAGAUGCAGUUAAGUUUAAUCCUGGAUAUUUCUUUAACAUUUUAUUACCUCCCAUUAUCUUGAAUAGUGGAUACGAGUUGCAUCAGGCGAAUUUUUUCAGAAAUCUAGGUAGUAUCUUGACAUUUGCCAUACCGGGGACAUUCAUUUCAGCCUUGGUUGUUGGUAUAAUCAUUUAUAUUUGGACAGCAUUGGGUUUAGAUAAUGUUCAAUUGGAAUUUGUUGACGCUUUAGCCGUCGGUGCAACCUUGUCUGCUACUGAUCCAGUAACUAUUUUAUCGAUUUUCAAUGCAUACAAGGUUGAUCCUAAAUUGUAUACCAUUAUUUUUGGUGAAUCAUUGUUGAAUGAUGCAAUUUCCAUUGUUAUGUUUGAAACUUGUCAAAAGUUCCAUGGACAACCAGUCAGAUUUUCAUCCUUCUUCCAAGGGGUAGGGUUAUUCUUGAUGACAUUUACUAUUUCAACCAUUAUUGGUAUUUUCAUUGGGAUUCUUGUGGCGUUGAUUUUAAAGCAUUCUCACAUUAGAAGAUAUCCACAAAUUGAAACUUGUUUGGUUUUAUUGUUUGCAUAUCAAUCUUACUUCUUCUCCAAUGGUGCACAUAUGUCUGGUAUUGUCAGUUUGUUAUUUUGUGGUAUCACUUUGAAACAUUAUGCUUACUACAACAUGUCUAGAAGAACUCAGAUUGCUACCAAAUACAUCUUCCAAUUAUUGGCUCAAUUGUCUGAGAAUUUCAUAUUCAUCUAUUUGGGAUUAUCUUUAUUCACUGAAGUUGAGUUGGUGUUUAAGCCUUUGUUGAUUAUCGUUGCAUUUAUUGCCAUUUGUGUUGCCAGAUGGUCUGCUGUAUUCCCAUUAUCGAGAUUCCUAAACUUUUUAUAUCGUGCAAGAUUUGAAAAAUACUCCGGUAUCACUAGUAACUCGAUCAAUGUACCAGACGAAAUUUCCCAUUCAUACCAAAUGAUGAUUUUCUGGGCCGGAUUAAGAGGUGCUGUUGGUGUAGCUUUAGCUAUGGGUUUUAGUGGGGAAGCCAAAUGGACCUUGUUGGCUACUGUUUUGGUUGUUGUUGUCUUGACGGUUAUUUUAUUCGGAGGUACCACCGCAUCAAUGUUGGAAAUUUUGGGGAUUAAGAUUGGUUGUGUGGAUGAAACUGGCGAUUCAGACGAUGAGUUUGAAAUUGAAGCACCACGCAUAUCAUUACAAACUAAUAAAUCGCCAAACAUUAUGGGAAAUAGAAGAUUUGCCAGAUCUCAACCAAAGUUGUCUGGCUACAAGGACAAUGUAUCUGGAUCGGCUGCUAAUUUGUUGGAUUCCAACGGAUCUCCUUCAGAUAGCAAUACUGGUAAUAACAACAACAAUUUUGAUGAUGACGAAAUAGUUGGCAGUGAUGUUGAAGAUUUCAUGGGAGUAGGAAAUGGAAUUUCUAGAACUAGUUCUUCAACUAAUGAUAAAGGUGUAAUUGGAACAAUAUUAAGUGCUGAAGAACAUGCCAAAUGGUUCACCAGAUUUGAUGAAGAAGUGUUAAAACCUGUGCUAUUGGAUACUUUACCUUCUACUGGGCAAUCAAGUGCCAAUAAUAGCACUAGUAAUUUAAAUAGUGGACCAAGAAGAAGUCAAGAUUGA